UAUUAUUUUAGGAAGAGGUUGUGUUAAAGAGGUGUUGGCUUGCCCGCUAUUGGAAUUUAUGUGUUCAACACGGCAUCCUUGGGGACAUUGCCUGUGAGAAGUAUGAAUACUGGUCUUCAUUUGCACCUCUUCCUGUUGAAGUUGUAAUGGCUGCUGGGCAAAGAGCUAAAGAGGAAAAUUCAUCAGAGGAAAGAGAAAAAGUUGCACAGGACUUGAGAGAACAGUCUGCGGAAGGAAAUAUUGAAAGCAUGCUUCUAGUGGAGAAAGGUCUGCGGGAACUGGCUUCAUUAAAGGUAGAGGAUGCUGUAGCACUUGCUAUGACACUCCAUCGACGCUCAAAUCACUUGAAAUUUGAUGAAGUGAAGUUGCCAACUGAAGGACAGUUUGAAGCGUUUGAAUUGAGCCAAGAAGAGUCUGAAAAUACACGUUUCAAGCAGGCUUGGCUUAUAUAUUUUUGGAGAAGAGCUAAAAACCAUGGGGUGGAACCUGACAUAGCAGAUGACCGACUGCAGUUCUGGAUCGAGCACAGCAAUUGUUAUUCCAGCUCCCAUGAUGCAAUUGAAGUUGAAAAAGGUCUUACAGAGCUCAGGAAGUUAGGCCUCGAGACCCAACUAUGGCUUGCAUCUCGCAAAUUGAAAUCACAAGAGGGGUCGGAAUUCUAA